AUGUUGUGUGAGGUUUGUCAGAAGGAAUCAUUCAAAUACAAAUGUCCCAAAUGCCUCAAGAAGACUUGUUCAUUGAAAUGUUCGAAAUUGCAUAAGUCAAACGAUAAAUGUACAGGUAUAGCUAAUGAUUCUACCAUGUACAUUUCGAGCGAAACUUUGAAGAAGGCAGAUGAUGAAAAGCAUGAGAACAAUAUUAUGGUUCAAAGAGAUUUCAACUUUUUAAGUAAUUUGAAGAGGAAGAUUGAGUUGGAUAAAAAUGAUGCAUUUCUUAAAAAUAAGAAAACUUUGCUUGGUAACAAGAGGGCCAGGUAUGAUGGAGAGAUACAAAGAAUUAUUAGGAGAGGAGUGAACUGUCUUUUACUUCCUAGGGGUAUGCAGCGGUCUCAAAGGAAUCGUAGUAAGUGGGAUAAACCGUUGGAUACUUUUGUAUGGUCGAUCGAAUGGAUACUUUGUCCACCUCGAGAUAAAUUGGGUGAAGAAGAAACUUUCGAGCAUAUAAGUCAUAGAGUGAAAGAGACGGAUGGGCUUCUAGAUGGAAUAAGCAAUGUGGUGUACGAUAAGUGUUGUAGCAUAUUUAGCAUUGAAAAUCAAAAAGAGGACAUUGAAAUAAAGGAAACUAAAGCAGAAAAAUCUGGGAAGUUGCUAUCAGCUGGUGUCAAAUUCUAUAUGAAAUACUUCCCACAGAAUGCUAUUCAAGUCAUGGACACGAAGGAGUUAGUAGAACUGGACAUUUCCUCCAAAUGCAUUGCUGAAUUGUUCCGUAAUAAGACAGUCAUUGAAUUUCCAACGAUAUACGUUGCUAAAGAUGAGCAAGAUUUGCCGCAGCCUUACAAAGUGGUUCAAGAGCCCCGACUUCCUGAUCUGAUAGUCAGAUCAAAACCAUUCAAUCAUGCGGAAGAAAACAACGACGACGAUGACGGCGACAAUGCUGCUCCAGAAGAAUCUACAACGAAGCCAGUAACAGAAGGACAACAACCACAUAUUUCAAUCCCUCAGAAGCAGGUUUCUGAGGACAGUGACGACGAUUACGAUCCCACAGCAUCAUUCAAGCUGUAG